AUGGUGAUUAGGCAGGGUGGGUUUUCGGGUGCGGGGCGGCGCGAAGUUUGGGACAGCGGCGUGCAGGGGGAGCGCAAGCGGUCGGACUGGUUGAUCGAGCGACGACCGGAGGCUGCGCGCGCGCCCCGCGGACAGUCGCGCGCACAGCUCCAACUUAAUGGCCCCACGUGGAUUGGGACUGUUGAAUGUAUAACUGAAGGGCUGUCGAAGGACGUUUGUCGCCGACUGUACAGUGCCAGGCCUCGGCACGAGUCUUGUAAAGAAUUUAUAGGAGAGGCGGGCGCGGGUAUCGGCAGUGUGCCUCACGUCGCCUUAGUGUCGCCCGCGCGCACACGCAGCCCGCCCUUCGGUGAAAGUCCGUUUUCAGUUGUUUCAGUGCGG